CAGAUUUAGUGGCGGAUAAGUUUGACGCGGGGACAUAAUUGGAAUGUUACACCGUAAGUGGAAAGUAAAACUUGUUUAAUGUUUCAUGACAUUAAAACUAUUUUAUUGUUUCUCUCUCUUUUAAAGUUACUCGGUUCCACAAAACAGAUUUUGUCUUGGAGACAUUCUGAAAACAAGUGCCUUAUGCAGCCAGAGAAUGGUCUGGAACAUUCAAACAAGAAAGAUAUAGAAAUGUCAAUUCUAGACAAAAAUAGCGAAAGAAACUCUGGUGAUGAUGUUUCUUCUGCAGACUGCGAAAUGGAAGAAAAAGAAAGUUCGCAGAAACUCAUGCCUGAAGCCACUAAAGGUUCCAAAACUGAAGGGGACGUGAAAUUAACAUCUUCGAAUCAGUGCAACUUGAGCCAUAAAGAGAAAUAUAAAAAAAAAUUUUGUGGUGGAAAACAAAUGAAAUUAUUUCCUUCGAAAGAAUCUGGCAAAAUUUUGCUAAAAGAUCCAAAUGUGAUAUCAACUCCCCAGAACCAUAAUAAAAGCAAAAUAAAACGAAAAUCUUUGGAGUCUUUUAAAUAUCGUUUCAACGAAAAGGGCCAGCUACGACACAUUAAAACUGGGAGACCUUUUGAGUUUAACAUCAGCAACAAUAGAAGGGAUAACGAGAAGAAUUAUGAAGAACUAGGAGAGGCUGUCACUCAUCAUAUCUACAAUAUGUUACAAAAUGAAAUGAAACUGGAGAAGGUCUAUGUACCGAUUAACCGAAUUGGUUCGGAACCACAAAGUUUCAUUUUCCAAAGUAAAGAUGCCUUGACAAACCCUCACAAAUUACUGCUGCUAGUCCAUGGUUCUGGGGCCGUUCGUGCUGGUCAGUGGGCUCGUAGACUCCUCAUCAAUGACUGCUUAGACAGUGGUUCACAAAUGCCAUUCAUCAAAAGAGCUGUCCAAUCCAGUUUUGCUGUUCUCGUCUUAAAUACGAACUUAAACAGAAGUAAAAAAACUGGAAAUAAAAUCAGGAGAAACGGUAGUGCUUUAGAACACCUGUUAUAUGUGUGGGAUAACUUUGUGGUGCCAGCGAAAGCGAAACAUAUUGCUUUCAUCUGUCACAGUUACGGUGGAGUGGCAACUGCCAAAUUGGCCAACCAGAGAAGGGAUUUCUUAUCAAGGAUUUCUGCUGUGGCUUUUACCGAUUCCAUGCCUGACAAUUAUAUUAAUGAUGCUGAUGUUAAAGAAUUCUUCAAAAAGAAAAGUCGCAAUUGGGUCACCAGUAAAGAACCUAUUGAUACAGUGGUAAACUCCUUCAAUGGGACAGUCCCUAAAGUAUCAGCAGGACAUACAAAACACGAAAUGACUUCCUGGUCAAGUUUCCAUUCAAUAUUUAAAUACCUGAAUGAAAAGAUUCCAGAGCCCAGUUCUAAAACUGAUUCUAAAGCUGAACUUUAAUGAUCUCUCCCAAACCCCCCCACUGCCAUUUUUUAACUACAACUCAAUUCAGUGCCUAUACAUUACCAUGUUGGUUUAAUUACAUCCCCCCACCCCAUGUUUUUUUUUUUUUGUUAUCUUCCAUCAAUGUUAUACAGCUGUUUUUCUUGAACUCUUCUACAAUUUUGUCCAAAGAACCUCUGGAGCCACAAAGUGUUGCUUAGAAUAUUACCCACAUCACCUCCAAACAGUAUCUUCUAUUUCUCCCCUCCUUGACAAAGGUAAUGUGGCCUAGUGUCAAUUUCUGGACCAGGCUACAUGUGGUGUGCUUGAGCAGGGCACUUUUUUUUUUUCUCCCAUGUUCUCAGCUUGGAGUACCAGCUGAGCACUGCUCUUUUUCUUUCCCUCUCUCCCCUUCCAACUGCCACACCCUGAAUGUACUGCUUGGUCACAGGGUGGGAGAGUCAAGAGAACGACUGCUUCAUGCUUACAAAAAAAAGCAGGAACGGCUUAACCAAGCCAUACUAGUUUGCAACUGAUGCCUGGCUCUAACCUCUCUCUUUUUUCAGCAAAGACUUAUUAAUAUCUUCAUUUUAAUCACAAUGUUAUUUAAACAGUAAAAACCCUGCAACUUAUCUUGAUUCUUUCUCAAAACAAAUACCUUUGCAAAAUUCCAUUUAAAAAAAAAAUUUCUCAACCUCAUUUACUUUGUGGUACUUUAGAGAUAAAACAUUAUUGGUGCACUUUGCAUGGAAAGUUUGAAGAAACUAUUGCUUACCUUUGUUUUAUUAAAAUUAUAUUUGUAUAUAAUAAUUAUUCAUAAUGUUAAUGACACUUGUAUAACUUUUUAUUUUUUAAAAUGCCCAAAUCUAGAUUUUCUAAAUCUUAAAUUAAUUUUUAAAAUUGCUGUGCAUCCAAGCUCCCCUCUUGUAAUACUAACCUAAAUUUUGUUUGUAAAUAAGAAUUUAUUACACAAAAACUUUUAACUCUUUAGCAUUUAAUCCAGCCCACAUAUUCUAGCUGCUUUAUGUUCUAACUGGGCAGAUCCAAACUCUCACACCUACUCAACAUUUAUCAUUCUAAACAUAAGCAGUAACAUCACUGAAAUCUACGAGAUAAUGUGAAUAAAUAAGCAUUACAUUUGAUAGAAUAAUCUGAAUGCUAAAGGGUUAAAAUUACUACCUAAAAUUUUAUUAAAUGGAAUGAAAAUUACUGUUCUCUUUAAGAGCUAUAUUAUAAAAAAAAAACAAAAAAAAAACUUUUAAAGUUAAGACAAUUUCUAAAAUCUGAUUUUCACACUCCUAGAAGCCUGUGAGGCAUCAAUUUAGUUCACGCAAUAUAUUGGUAGAUCAAUAUAAAAAGUAAUUAGAUUAAAAUAAUGACAUAUAUAUAACAUCUGUAAUGUGUGUGUGUGUGUGAAAAGAACAAUGGUGGCUGUGAUAUUUUGUCUCCGAGAAACAUCUGUUGACCAUUUUGAUACCACCUUACUUGAAAUUUGAUUUCCUGGUUCCAUUGCACAAAUUCCCUGAUCUAAAUUAAAAACUUUCCAUCAAAAUGUUUCAAACAUCAAUUUAAUUAUGGACAAUGUUAUUUUGAUAAAUUCAUUAUUGACAACAUUCUGAACAAGCUCUUGGUUUUCAUUACACAAUGUUUCUUUAAAGAAGUUUCACUCUGACAAAAUAUUUCAGCUAAUUCUGUUCUACAUUUGUAUAUACAUACAUUCUACAUGCUAUAAUUACUGCUAUCUUCUUUUUCUUGUCUGGACUCAGUAAAAUGAGCCCAGCAGAAUUGAAACUCGGAUCCUUGAUUUGCAUUAUCUUUCAUCUUUGUACAGAGCUGUACAGGAUAAGUAGUGGUUUUCAAGCCUUUCCUAAUGAAUAAAGCGAAAUUGUUUCAACUAUACAAAUUAUAUUUUCUUCUUUUCCCAUUAGCACAUCUCUUUGGAGAUUGACUUCCGAAGACAAAAUUAAACAAAAUCUAUAAGGAGUAUAUAAUGUUAAUUUCAACCUAGAAGGGAGUAAUUUCCUCAGGAAUAUCAAAUAAAUUAGUCAAGAAAUUUUGAAUAAAACAGGUUUAUUUUACUUUUUAAAACAGAAUUUCAUUGUCUUUUGAAAAGAGUUGACUGAAUAUAUUUGUCUCACUAAAUGUUAGAUGAUAGAUUAAAUACAAAUCACUAAUGAAUGUGUUCUAGUUUAAAAAGAUGGAAUGACAAGGAUUUCACAGGUACUGAUCAAUAUCCAGUAUUAAUUUUGUAGAAAUUACAAAACAGUACACACCAUCACCAAAAUGUUAGCUUCGAGUCCAAAACAAAUUCAAUUUCCCUGUUGAAAUGGUGAAUCCUUUUAAUGGCUCUAACUACCAUAUCUAACUUAAGCAUAGAGAGCCAGACAUUGAGAUUAAACUCAAAGAACAGCUUUGAGUCUGGAAGUUUAGCUAAUGCUUGAGAUAAAUAAACUAGCAUACAACUAUUUUAGUAAUUGUAUGAGCUCACCCUGUAUAUGUCUUACUUUAGGAGUUUGACAUUUAAGUAUCCAUUAACUACCUUGGUACUUGGCUGUUGCCUAGGUGUUGUUAAAUAAGGGACAGGAGCCAUUUCGAAUAAAUACAGUUGAUAACAAAAUAAUUUUCAGCAUCAAGAUUAUGUAGAUUAUAAAAUAUAAUAUUACAUAUUGAAAAUUAAUAUUCAAAAUAACUUUCAAUUGGAGUGUAAAGCAUCUUUUCUUUUCUUUUUUUUAAUGUGAAAUAGUGAGACAAAAAGAAUCUAUUAGUUGUUUGUAAAAGGAAUAUUUUGUAACAAAAGGGAUCGGUUCACACAAUAGUCAUUAUAUACAUGUGUAAGUGUAUAUAUACACUAGUGAAAGAUAUUUGAAGCAACAAUAAAUGAAAGAUGUUACUGUCCAGAUACUUAAGUCACAAGCAACUACAGUUGAUGAGGGGGGGGGGAGAAACAUAAAA